AAUGUUUGUAUAACGCAUCCUCCAUCUCAAGCCUGCUCCUCAACCUCUCUCGCUUCGGUUCCAAGCCCUCCUCAAAAACAUCGGUCACCAGUAAAACAACUUGAUAUCUCUUCGCUUACACUUCUUAACCCGAAACCAAACGAAAAAGUUCAUACGCCGCAAGUGCUGUCCCGCCCAUAUAUCCACACUUUUUCACAGCAUCAGGCGCCAGCAACAUUUCCCUCAGCAACACCAUCAAUACAGACUCCUUUCAUGAAUGAGGCAAAUUUCCAGAUGGAUUCGCUGUUAUGUUCACAGCCACGAGAGAAGCCUAGCUCUAUUUCAUUAGUUGAGAUGGUGAAAGAACAGGCUCCUGACCUGUCUGUCUCUGGCUUACCGCUUCAAAUAGCCUCACGUUCAGCUAGUGAACCACGCCCCUUUGGAGAGGAACAUUCGUCUAUUCUCUUUUAUGAUAUGAUGCCUGAAGCCGACGGAGCUGCCUCGUGGACUGUUUCGCAAUCAUUGUUGGCGCCACAGAUACGAGGUGAUGAUCUUGCAGUCGGAACAACGGUUACCAAGAUGAAGAGCAAGAGCCUGAAAACAGGUGAAUUCAGCGGUGCCACUCUUCUUGACACUAUGCGGUCAGGCAUAAGGCAAGCACUGAUAUAA